CCCACACAUAAAAUAAUAUGUAGCGUAGAAAGACGAGGUGAAGCAAAGGGAAAGCAGAAUCGGAUUCCUUUGAUAAAAGUAAAGGGGAGGAGGAAGCAGGAUCUUUAUCUUCUACAACCACAAAUACAGAGAAAUACGACGGAAUGGGAGGAGCAGCAGCAGCGCCAACAAGUUAUCCAAAUAAUGAGAGUGGCGGAGGAGCUGAGUAUCAUCAGCCCAAUCCUUAUGUUCACUACUCUGUUGUUCCCAAACCACCUGCCAACCCCAUGGAUACCGUUGUUCAAAAACUUAAUAUCUGGAGUUCCAAAGCUGAGAAAACUGCCAAUAACAUCUGGCAUAACUUGAAAACAGGGAACUCUGUAUCUGAAUCGGCUUGGGGAAAAAUGAAUCUGGCGGCCAAAGCAAUAACAGGAGCUGGAUUUGAACAAUUGUACAAGCAAAGUUUCUCAACAUUUCCCAAUGAGACGCUCAAGAAGAGCUUUGCUUGCUAUCUCUCCACGACAACUGGACCAGUUGCUGGAACUCUUUAUUUGUCCAAUUUUCAUGUAGCCUUCUGCAGCGAUCGUCCCCUCUCAUUCACUGCACCUUCUGGCCAGACAACUUGGAGCUAUUACAAGGUUUUAAUACCACUUGGGAAAGUUGCAAACAUCAACCCGGUGUUGAUGAGUGAUGCUGAAAAGUAUAUCCAGAUCAUGACAGUGGACGGACAGAACUUCUGGUUCAUGGGAUUUGUGAAUUAUGAGAAGGCAUCUCACCAUCUGAUUGAAAGCGUUUCGCAUUUUGCCGCUCUCGGAAUACCAGUACAGUAGUCACCACUACUCCAGUAGUACUACUAUCUAUAUGUUUGUAUUGUCAUUUUCUCUCGGAAUAUCAAUAUUACUGUUUUCUUUUCAUAGUAAGGAUUGUACUGGUACACCUUUUGUUGUAUUACUUACUCUUUUGACUGGAAUGUUACUCCUUAAUCUUCAAUAAAUAAUGACCGAUGAGUUUACAUGA